GGUUUAAGCUUUUUCAAUAAUUUGGCUCUGUAUUUAACUUCUCACUCCCUCAAUUUUGUCUUUUUUCUUCAAAUAUUCCUUCCUCUCCCUUCUUUGCGUUUGCAUCAAAUUUUGGAACUUGGGGGAGGGGGUUUCUUUCUUAUGAACUUGUUUUGGCUGAGAUUCCUGAAAUGGGUUUUUAUUUUUUUUGAUGAAUAAUAGAUUGAAUCUUUAUGUUUGGUGUUUUCAAGGUCUCCAUGGAGAGUGAUAAUGGUGAUGGCAAGUCCAAAAUGGACUAUGAAGUUAUAGAACAGAUUGGAAGAGGAGCUUUCGGAGCUGCUUAUCUUGUUCUUCAUAAACUUGAGAAAAAGAAGUAUGUGUUGAAGAAGAUUCGCCUGGCCAAACAAACAGAGAAGUUCAAACGUACAGCUCACCAAGAGAUGGAAUUGAUUGCAAAACUAAAUAAUCCGUAUAUUGUUGAGUACAAAGAUGCUUGGGUUGAUAAGGGAAACAGCAUUUGCAUUGUAACCAGCUACUGUGAAGGAGGGGACAUGGCUGAGCUUAUUAAGAAGGCCCGAGGUAUGCACUUCCCCGAGGAGAAAAUCUGCAAAUGGAUGACUCAAUUACUGUUAGCCGUGGACUACCUACACUCGAACCGCGUUCUUCAUAGGGAUCUGAAAUGUUCAAAUAUAUUCCUUACAAAGGACAAUGACAUCCGGCUUGGUGACUUUGGACUUGCGAAAUUACUUAACACGGAAGACCUAGCUUCCUCGGUCGUUGGCACACCCAACUAUAUGUGUCCAGAGCUGCUGGCAGAUAUACCUUAUGGAUAUAAAUCUGAUAUAUGGUCACUUGGUUGCUGUAUGUUUGAGAUUGCUGCACAUCACCCAGCGUUUCGAGCUCCUGAUAUGGCUGGACUCAUUAACAAGAUCAACAGAUCCUCCAUUUCUCCUCUCCCGAUUUUGUAUUCUUCCUCACUGAAACAAAUAAUCAAGAGUAUGGUAAGGAAGAACCCGGAACACAGACCAAAUGCUGCUGAACUCUUAAGGCACCCCCACUUGCAGCCGCAUCUCCUUCGCUGCAGAAACCUAUCUUCUGUCUAUCUUCCUAUCAAGCCCACAAACAGUCCAAAGGAGAAGACACCUAAAAAAUCAUUGUCCAGAAAACAUGGCAUUGGAAAAGAUAGGGAGGUUAAAGAUGUGGGGGUAUCAAAUGGACAAGAAAAUACACAUACAUUUCGGAGAAUGGCUGAUGUGCUCUUAAGCAGUUCUAGUUGCGAGCAGCCAGCAUCCACAGCUAGUAUGGAAGACAACCUUGUCACUAAGAGGGUAGAUCCUACUAGCUGUGCUGUUGAAAUGUUGAACUCCAUUAGUGAUUCCAAAGAAAUGUCCACUGAUUCUGAAGUAAGUGUUAGCAAUGUUGACAAACAGGCUGAGUUUAACAGCAUUCCUCAAAAGGAUGCUCAUGUGGUGUCAACUUCAGAGAUGGCAUUUGAUUCUCAUCGUGAUGACCAAGAAGAGCCCACUUCUGAGCCCACUCGAAACUUACCAGAAGCUGAUAUGAUGACUGUAAGUAAAAAAGAUGCGGAGACACUUUGUGACAUGCAGGUUCUUGAAGCAGCAAAAGAUGUUCUGGAUCUGCCGGUUCUUGGUAGAUCAGAGGAUUCCAGUAAAUUGACAAUUUCCAGCAUAAGCUAUGAUGAUAAAAAUGGGUUCCUGGAUGAUGGAAGUUCAUCAACUGUUUAUGAGACUGAUGUAGAGCAAAGAUGCUCUUCAAAUAAAACCAGUAGUCCUAAUGCAAAAACAGAAGGAGCUGACACGAGUUACUUGUCAUCGGAAAGCAAUGCUGCACCUCCGUGUAAAGAUGAAGUAGGAGCAACAUCGGAGACGAACACUUGCUCCAUUCUAACAGAGAAAGAUGGUGGCAGACCAGUUCAAUUGACAGCAAGUGAUGUGUCGCUGCUGAGUAGACUAACAGCUUUGAGUAGUGAUGAAAUUAAGAGUGCGUGGGAGAAUCCAAGUCAGAAGAGAGCCGAUGCAUUGGAAUCUCUGCUUGAGCUAUGUGCCCGGCUUCUUAAGCAAGACAAAAUAGAUGAGCUUGCUGGUAUUCUACGACCGUUUGGGGAUGAAGUUGCUUCAUCUAGAGAAACAGCAAUUUGGUUAACAAAAAGCCUCAUGUCUGCCCAAAAACUCAACGGAGGAACCUGAUUCAAAUGAUGCAAGUGGCCUUAAUUUAUUCAUUAAUGUGUUUUUUUUUCAUUUUUGGUUACAAAAUGUGUUGAUAUGAAGUGUUUAUUUUGAGUGAUAUGCUUUGCUUGAACAGAAGAAACUCUGGAAACAGAACAUAUAUUGCAGCUUGUUAGACUAACGGGUGGUUUUGAUGGAAAUAAUGAAAGACGUACUUCUUAAUAA